UGAAAUUACUUGUUAAUUCGUGAACUUCAUCGAAAUUUUACUUGCAGAAACUGAGAAAACCCUGGCCCUAAUUUAUGUAUUGAUUCUUGAACUAGAUAACAAUGUGGAUGAAUGAAUCGCAUGAUUUUCUGAAAACCGUUUCACAAUUCGAAACACUGGAAACGAAGUACCCAAUCUCAUAAACCCUAGAAAGGUGAAUAUUGAGUUGUAAAAAGAGGAAAAGACCUAACUAACAAAUGCUAGGAAGAUGUGAAGCCUUAAUGAUUCCAUCAUUCCUCAGGUUGUUCUUAGAGAACCAUGGUUUUAGGGUUUUGAUUGAUGAAUUAGAGAUCCUUGAGUGUUUGACAAAAAGUUUGGAUGAGUGAAGGUGGAUGAAUUAAUGGGUGUUGUUAUCUACGGAGUUUGUAUUGUUUUGUUUAUAUCUUCCUUGAAUUGUUUUUUAGAAAACAGUGGUUGGGGAUUUUGAUUACAAGUUUCAGUAUUGGGUUAUUUUUAUGAGUUUGUUUUGAUAUCUCGAGAAAAGAGUACCAAACUAGAUGAAAGGAGAUAUCCUAAUGCUGUGUGAGUAUGAACAAACUCAAAAGCAGAAGAAUAGAUCGGGAUUUGAAGUUAUGGUAAUUUCAGGUUUGUUCUGUGCAUAAUUAUAUUCUUCCCAUCUUGCUGGGCAUGUUUCUAGUUUAUCUGAUUGCUUAGUGAUCUGUUUAAUUGCUAAGAAAUGUAAUUUUGGCAAAAGGAGAUUCAUAACAAUGAUAUAUUGGUUCUUAAACUUUUAUGCACGCUUCUAUUUCUUAAACUUUGAAGGAAGAAAGGAAGGUAGUUGAAGUUUUAGUUGAAGAGGUGAGUCUCAAAAUCUCUUUGUCUAGUUAACAAUGCAUAGGUGGAAGCUGGUAUAGUCAGCAUGUUGUAGCGGAAGUUUAAGGAAAGAUCCUUCUAAACAAACCGAGAGAAAAACUCUCCCAAAACUGGAUAAGUGAUACCCAGAUAUGGGCAUAAUGUCUUGGGGGGAUUUCUCUCUCGGUCCGCCUAUCUUUUUUGCAUAAAUGUUACGUAUGAAGACUUGUAAAUAGAAUGGGUUGGCAUGUGAUGUAAGGGGGAAUACAUUGAAAUGCAUAUGUUAGUUGAAGGAUUGAUGUUAGGUAAAUUCUAAUUUGGGUUUUCAAACCUCUCUACAGUUUGAUAACGGGAAUGGCUUCAUUAAUGGAUUGUUAUAAUAUGGUUUUGUUUCAUAUUAAUUGAUCUUGAUUUGAAUGUCUAUGUUGGGUUUGGGUUAAUUUUGAUAAUUUCUUCUCAUACAUUGUUUAAUUGGGCUGAUUCUAGGUCGAUUCUGCUUUGUCUUUGUUCUAACCUAUCUUCAAAGUUGCUACGCUGCACAAAUCAGGUUUAGGUUGAAAACUCCCACGGUGUUUAGUUCAAUCCAAAAUGAGAUUUUUGUAAUUUAGCUGAUUGUUUUGAGUUUAAUCAUUACUGAUCCUGAAUUGAAUUGGAUCUAAUGUGUUAUACCCUACAGGCUACAUGGCAUGAUAAUGCGCCCCAUAGAUAUCGUCAAACAUUUAAGGUUGCAUUUUGUAUAGGCUAGUUUUGGACUUGCGUUUUCGUGUUGCUUGUUGUAUUUUUGUCAGGGCGGUAAUAAGUUUUUUUUUUUUUUUUGUUGCUAUCUGUGUGUAUGCUUUUUUCAAUUUGGUUGGAGUAUUGGCUUAAAGAGAGUACCAAACUAGACGAGAGGAGAUAUCCUAAUGUUGUAGCAAAGAGAGUUCCUACCCAACAAGAAAUAGAUGCACUGGACCGUGCCACUAAAUUCAUGAAAUCGCUACCUGACUUUAUAGAAAGCUGUUUUUGUAAGGCGCUAGAGCGAACUCAUUUGGUGACACGCUCAACUUUUCCUAUACCAAAGCAUUUCCAAGAGACGAUCACACGACCAAACGAAGAGACGGUCACACAACAAAACGAAGAGACGGUCACACAAAAAGACGAAGAGACGGUCACACACGAAGAGAUUGUCACACUUAAAGAUGAAGAAGGUGGAAAGUAUAUAGUCAAGUAUAAGUACAAAUCUAAAAGUUUUCAAGGUGGAUGGUCUGGUUUUGUCAAGAACCAUGACUUACGGGUUGGUGAUGCCGUGGUCUUCAACCAAAUAGACAGAUUUGUUUUUGAUGUUUACAUGUUCCGUGCUAGAGACAAAUCAGAAAAUGUGGUUUGUCAGCACCAAUGUAAGAGCAAAUGUGCUGCUGAUAAGGCCUCUACCUCUACUUCUUUUACUGAGGCGAGGGAAUCCAUUUGUCCUGAAGCUAUGAGUCUGAGGACAGAGUUGGAAGAGCUGAAACAAAAAUUACUAGAGAUGGCUCAAGAUCGAGACCGCUUGCUGUUACAAGUUAACAGUUUAUCAUAUGCUGUCAAGUACAAUGGCGAAUCAUCUGUACAGGAGUCGAAAAAUUUACUGAUUAAGACAUUGGAGCGUGAUCUAGCUGAUGUCAGAGGAAAAUUGCAGGUAUCUUCCAAGAAGAAUAUGGAGGUACAGUCUGAACUGGAGUCACGAAAUAAGCUUGUGGACACCCUCAAAGAAAAGCUUGUUGAGGCAGAGAAGCUAAGAAUAAAGCUUCAAAACAAGAUAUUGGAACUCAAAGGAAACAUUCGUGUUUUCUGCAGGGUACGACCUCCUGUACAUGAUGAUGGUAAACAAAUAAAAAUCUCAUAUCCCAAAUCAGUGGAAGAGAAAGGCCACGCCAUCCAUUUGUCCAAAAAUGGUUAUUUGCAUAAAUUUGCGUUCGACAGAGUAUUCGAUCCCAAGGCAAAACAAGAAGAUAUUUUUGUGGAUGUAUCUGAGUUGGUGCAGAGUGCGCUUGACGGGAAGAAGGUCUGCAUAUUCGCGUAUGGCCAGACUGGUUCUGGUAAAACAUACACCAUGAUUGGUGGCUUAGAUCAGAAAGAUAAAGAAGAAAAAGGAAUAAUACCUCGUUCAGUGGAGCAGAUAUUUCAAUACUUCCAGUCUGUAAAGACCAAGGGAUGGAAGUAUAACCUCAAGGUAACGGUGCUGGAAAUAUACAAGGAACAAAUCCAUGAUCUGCUGGAUCCGAAAAGUGGCGAGCAAAAGAAGUACAUAAUUAGUCAUGGCAAAGAUGGAAAAGCAGUAGUUCCCCACCUCGCUGAAGAAGAUAUUUAUGGGCCAGAACAAUUUAUCUCCCUUCUGAAACAGGUUUCCGAAAGGAGAUGUACGGAACAUACAUUGAUGAAUGAACAAUCCUCAAGAAGUCAUCUUGUCUUGACCCUCAACAUAUCUCGAGUUACCGAGAGUUCCCAAGUGCACGGCUUCCUGAAUAUGAUAGAUUUAGCCGGCAACGAAAACCUCAAAGAGAGCGGCGCAAUUAGGGACCGUGCAGAAGAAGCAAAGGCGAUAAACAAAAGUUUAUCCGCUUUCACUGGUGUCAUUCAAGCGCUUGUAUAGAAGAAUACACACGUACCCUACAGAGAAUCACUACUUACACACCUUCUCCAGGUAAACAAGGAUCCCUUGUUUGAUUUUGUUACAAUGACGAUGAAUAAUAACUAUUCUUAUUGUU